ACCCUUUCGUGGAGUCGUGACCAGUAUUGAACCUACCGCAAUGAAGUACCAUAUUUUCUUGGGACUCUUCGCCGUGGCGGCUGCCUAUCCAGGUAUUAUCCAUCAGGAAGCACCACAACAUGCGGAGAGCUUCGACCACCAAGGCCUUAUUGGCGAGUCUGGACACCAUCAUCAAGUUCAACAUGAACAUGCAAAGUCACACCAAUCUAUCAAAUUCGAGCACUUCCACCCCGUUCCAGUGUAUGUCAAGAAAGAACACAGCCAUCUUCUUAAGCACCCUCUUGAAAAGGGAAAAUCUGAACAAAAUUUGAAACAGAUUCACCCUGAAACUCAGCACAGCCACGGUGGUGGUCUUGUCUUGGAAGACCACAGACUGGACACUGAGCACUUAGCUGCUAGUCUUGGUCACGGUGGUUUUGAACAUGGUGGCCUUGAGCAGGGAUCUUUGGAGCAAGGGAGCUUAGAACACGCUGGUCUUCAGCAUGGUGGUUACGAACAGCAGGGAGGUUUUGAGCAUUACGCUGGCAGUUACGAAGGCGGCGAAGGCUUAAAAGCAUACGCUGAAGUACAAGAGCCUGAAUAUCAGGGUCAUUUCUAUCCCGAACACUCUCAAGGGCUCUCAGGCGCCAGUGGAGAGGGUUACAAAUUUGAGCACUAUUAAUCGCAUUUAACUUAAAUCCUACGGGCGUACCAGUGUGAAGAAUUCUUCACCGUCUCAAAUUAUUUUAAGAUGUUCCUCUUGCCUGUUGAAUAAGCAUAAUUUGCAGCAUAUAUUGCUGAUCAGAGGCUUUGUGAUUAUUAAUGCUUCAAAAUUUGAUAAAAAUGUACCUGACAUACAUAGGUUAAAAGUAAAAUUGUUAAAUAACCCGUGAAUUCUUUUAGUGGUGUAAAUGUUGAGGAAAAUGUGUGUCGGCACUUGUAUUAUGGUAUUAUGUAUAUUGUAUCCCUUUAUGGUGUGUCGUCCUUGCUUGUUUCUGUAUAGUAUUAUAAUGAUUAUAAUUAAGGGCGUAUGAUGAGUCCCAGUGAA